UCAGCAGCCAAAACACACAGCAAUCAACCAAGAUGUUCAAGUUUUUCGCUUUGUGCCUGUUCGCCCUGGUGGCCGUUGCCUGUGCCAAGCCACAGUUCCUGACCGCCUACAGUUCCGCCCCCGUGGUGGCAGCUGCCACGCCCUACGCCUACUCGAGCGGCCUGUACGCCUCCCCCUACACCGCUGGAUACACUGCCGGAGUCUAUGCCUCGCCCUACGCCUACAGCGGCUAUGGAGCCUAUCCUUACAGCUCGCUCUACCUGAGGCGUUAAGCUUAGCGAGGGCACACUGUACCCCGAUAAUUGCUGAUGACGACGACGACUACGAACACUAUGACUCUGACCU